ACUUUGCCACCCAAUUUCUGCAUGAAUAUAUUUUUCUGGGAUGUAGUUUUAUUACUUUGCAUUUAAUGUGUUAUUGAUUAAACUGGCCAAUACAUUUAGACUCAAUGCUUAUGACAUGUUCAAAGUACUGAGAUAAAAUCCCGUAUGAUUCCAGUGUUUUGCUUUCUGUAAGUACUGAAUUUCAUCUUGCCUCCAGCUGAUAGCAACGACAUUUGGAAAAAAAAAAAGAGCGUGAGGCAGCUCUUCUGAUAUUUUUGGAUGCCAAUUUGGAAAGCGUUUUGGAAUAUCUGCUUAACCCAUUGUGUCAGAUUUCAGAUGCACAAAAUUGAGAGUGCUCUAAUUGUAAGCUCAACACAUCAUGAUGCUGCAGCUGUUUAAAGACAAAAAUGAAUGCUCUCAAAUCCCAAACAUAUGUUGCAUUUCAAAUAAAAUGUUGGGGUUUUUUAAAGCACAGGCUGCUUUCUGCCAAGAUUGAGGUAGACCUCUGUGAUCUGGUUUCUGUAUUUAUAGAAGCCGAAUCAAAGCUUUCUCCUGCAAGAAAACAAUGAUCAGCUUCCGAGCAUGUGAUCUCAUGGUGCUGAUGUGAAACUCUUUCAGAUGCUGUCUCCCUCCUUCCUUCCGCAUUCCUUUGCUGUACUUCUCCAGUAGCGUGUUGCUAUAUAAGUGCUCAGCUGCAAUGCCCUGUAACCAGCUCCUGCCUGAGCCCAGCUGAUAGAUAAGCAUGAGAUCACCGUGGCACAGCUGCAUGUGUAGUCACUCUUGAAGCAAUUGCACACCUAAUUGGCUGACAAUCUUGGCAUUUUUAAAACAAACUUAAGCCUUUUAAAGACAGGGGACGUAUUUAUGUAUGAGUAGUCCAGUAAACCUGUUGGGUGUCAUCAAUGGAGCCCUCUGGCACUGAACAGUUGUGUGAUGACCCUGAUCCUGGAGGCAGAUACCAAGAUCAAGAGACCAAAAAACAACAUGAAUCAGAGCAAAAAUUAUCCAAAAUAACCCAUAAUGCUUUGGAGAACAUUAAUGUGAUUGGCCAAGGCUUGAAGCACCUUUUCCAGCAUCAGCGCAGGAGGUCAUCAGUUUCUCCGCAUGAUGUUCAGCAAGCCCAGGCUGAUCUGGAGCCUGAAAUGGAUCUGGAAAGCCAAAGCGUCUGUGCUGAAAUUGAUGGUGUCUCCACCCACCCCACAGCUCUGAACCGGGUGCUUCAGCAGAUCAGAGUGCCACCUAAAAUGAAGAGAGGGACGAGCCUGCACAGCAGGCGGGGCAAGGCAGAUGCCCCGAAAGGAAGCCCGCAGAUCAACAGGAGGUCUGCCCAAGAUAUUCAGACAGGUCGGCCUAGAUCGUCAUCUACUACAGAUGCUCCCACAAACUUGUCCGUGAUGGAGAUUGCUUCUUCUGUCUAUGUAGGUGGAGAGGAGGCCACAGCAGCAGCAGACUCAAACUUUCUUGGAAAAUCGCAGUUGAUUAAUGCUGUGACCCAGGAAUCCCGCUGGACUGAGACUUUGAGGAACAGCAUUUUGGUGAUAACAUGGGUUGUAAGGAAGAUGCAGAGCCCUUUGUGCCCUCCUAGACUGCAGAUGAUCGAGCGAUUGGAAGUCAGCAGCUUAGCGCAGACCUCCAGUGCAGUGGCCUCGAGCACUGAUGGCAGCAUCAAUGCGGACUCCGUUGAUGGGACCCCAGAUCCUCAGCGUACAAAAGUGGCCAUCACGCACCUGCAACAGAAGAUACUGAAGCUGACCGAGCAGAUCAAAAUCGAACAAACAGCCCGCGAUGACAAUGUGGCGGAGUACCUGAAACUGGCCAACAACGCAGACAAGCAGCAGAGUGCCCGCAUUAAGCAAGUGUUUGAGAAGAAAAAUCAAAAGUCAGCCCAGACCAUCUUGCAGCUGCAGAAGAAACUAGAACAUUACCAUCGAAAGCUGCGAGAGAUUGAACAGAAUGGGAUCCCUCGGCAGCCGAAGGACGUCUUCAGGGAUAUGCAUCAGGGUUUGAAAGAUGUUGGAGCAAAAGUCACUGGCUUCAGUGAGGGAGUAGUAGACAGCGUAAAAGGUGGACUUUCCAGUUUCUCCCAAGCCACACAUUCAGCAGCAGGAGCCGUGGUUUCCAAGCCCCGGGAGAUUGCCUCCCUCAUAAGGAACAAGUUUGGGAGUGCAGACAAUAUUGCUAAUCUGAAAGACUCCUUAGAAGAAGGCCAGGAAGAUGGGACAGGCAGCAAGGCUCUAGGUGUUAUUCAGAACUUUCAGUCAAGCCCAAAAUAUGGCAGUGAAGAGGAUUGCUCCAGUGCCACAUCAGGCUCAGUGGGAGCCAACAGCACGACAGGGGGCCCUGUGGGAGCUUCUAGCUCCAAAACAAACACUCUGGAUAUGCAGAGCUCAGGGUUUGAUGCAAUACUGCAUGAGAUUCAAGAAAUCCGAGAGACACAGGCAAGACUGGAAGAAUCCUUUGAGGACCUUAAGGUUCGCUAUCAGAGGGAUUACUCACUAAUAAUGCAGACUCUGCAGGAGGAGCGGUACAGAUGUGAAAGACUCGAAGAGCAGCUAAAUGACCUGACUGAGCUCCACCAGAAUGAGAUCCUCAAUUUAAAACAGGAGCUGGCCAGCAUGGAGGAGAAGAUCGCCUAUCAGUCUUACGAGCGAGCCCGGGACAUCCAGGAGGCACUGGAAGCGUGCCAGACCCGCAUCUCCAAGAUGGAGCUGCAGCAGCAGCAGCAGCAAGUGGUGCAGCUGGAGGGGCUGGAGAACGCCACGGCCAGGAACCUGCUGGGGAAGUUCAUCAACAUCCUCCUGGCUGUCAUGGCUGUCCUCCUCGUCUUCGUCUCCACUGUGGCCAACUGCGUCGUGCCCCUCAUGAAGACUCGCAAUAGGACGUUCAGCACUUUACUUGUAGUGGUUUUCAUUGCCUUUUUGUGGAAGCACUGGGACGCCAUCACCGGCUACUUGGAACGGUUCUUGUCUCCCCCCAGAUGAUGGCGGCAGGAACUGGCUGCGUUGCCCUCCUCCCGGCGCUCUCAGUGGGCAAGCGUGGCAAGGAUUAGUCAGCAGCUACUCCGCUGAAGUUUUAAAGUGUCCGAGUGAAUUUGUUUACAUUUAGAAUAACGUUUUUUCUCUGCGAGAUGCAUUGCAAUAGUAUUUUUUAGAUCUUAUUCAAGAACUCUUUUUGGCGAGAAUCCUGGAUAAUUUUUAUGUAGCAUGGUUCUCUUUGGAUGCAAAUCUUAAGAUUCUUUAAAGUGUACAAAAGAAAUAAAUAAAAUACAGAAAUUUGGAGCAUACCAAUGGGCACUUUAAAUUGUGGCUUGAACUACUGUACUAAACCUGUCAGGAAGAAGAGCUUAAGAUGAGCAAAGCUAAAUCUAGUGCACAGCCUUGAAUGAUGGUACCACAGCAAACCUGUAACACUAAACUUUUACUGUGAAGUCUGCUCACAUUCCAUGUCCAAAUGUGUGUGUUCAGAGUGGUUUCUUUCCUUAACAAGAAAAAAACGACAACGCGUGGAUCUCUCCCAGCUCAGCAUCUGGGCUCACCACUUGUGCUAACCUGACUUACGAUAGCUUUGGAUAAGGCUGGCUAAUUUUGCUAAGCAUACGGAGUGGAAGCCUCAUGCCAUACGCAGUAACUGCACAGUCCUGCUACAGUAUUUUGAAGUAGUCCUUGAAAUACUUAUCUUUAAGCAGAAGCCCUUGGUCGCACUUUUAAGGUUUUUUUUAUAUAUGUAUAUUCACAGAUUUAAAAAAAUCCAAACAGCAUACUUGAAGAGUGUAAUACUCAAACUCUCAGUGCUUCCUUAUUGUUUCUAAUAGGAUUUUUUAUUAUAAUUAUUAUUAUUAUUAUUAUUGGGGGUUUUUUUGGAAGGGGUUGGGAGGGUCAUUACAGGUUUUUUUCCUUUUAAAUAAAGAAGUGAUGUUUUUAAAUGAAGAAAUGCGUGAAUAAUUGUGAGCCGUCUUGUCCUGAAACAGUUUUGAGGAGGGCAGAGAGUAGUUUCUAGUGCCAGCCUGUCUGGAGCGCAGCGCUAUUCCUAUGCCGUUAUCUGUCCUCCUGAGCAUACGGAUGCAGCAUCAUGAAAAACAUCGAUCUUCUCCACUCGUUUUGGUCAUGCAGGGCUUUUUUUUUCUUCCUCCACAUGUGGAGGAGAGUAUGUUUAUAUUUCUCAUUUCCACGUCAUCUCUCAUUCCUGGCCUCAGGAUAACGAAUUUCUCUUCAUCCCUUCCUAGGGAAAAGACAGGUUCUUUUAAGGAAAGAAAUACUGCAUCAACAGUCCACUUAAAAGAAUGAUUGUCUCAGAAAUAUCUCUUGAUUUCAUUUUUAAAUAACCCCCCAAAAAGUGAAACCAAAGUUUUCCUCCUGUCAGGCUCUGGUAAGAUCAUUUGUGUGUCUGUGUAGAGAUCUUCUUUGUACGCUCUGUCUGGGUGGCGUGCCACAGAGAGCAUCCCCUUCUUCAGCCGUGGGGGCAAGGACGGGGUGCAGGUACCUUCCCAAAGCUCUAAAGGAAAUGUCAGCCUCAAACGUAAUGCUCGAGUCCUCGCAGCGCCUGUGGCUGGUGACCUGUCGGUACUGGCAGGCGGGCUUCGCGUCCAAGGAAUCUGUGUUGGCUCUGGGCUGGUUUUUUAACUGGUACCCCUUUCACUGUAACAAAGCCAAGAUUUCAACUUCCUUCUCCAUGAAAUCCAAAAAGACUCCAGGAUUCUCUUUCAAAACCAUUUGUGGUGUUUAGUUAGAUCUUACUGUUUUCCUUCCUUCCAGGUUUCAGUUCCCUCUAGGAACCAAACGUUGCCCAAGUGACCUAAACCGGUCGAAACCCUGCAUAUACGUAUAUGGAACGUGUGCGCCAUAUGUGUAUAUGUAUGUACAUACACAAGCCUAGGACUUCAUGCUGUGUUGCAAAUUCUGGGUUCUGAGAGAAUUCCCUCAAAGUAGGUUAACAGCCUCAAGGGUAUUCUGACUGCCAGCAGCGGCAAGCCCUCCGCUGUCCAACCAUCCUUCUUCAAAGAUUCUAUUUUUUUCCAUAGUCACAGGAAACUCAGGUACCCCUCUCCCCAAGGAUCCCAGUGCACCUCCCUCUGUCACCACAUACACUGAUCUGUCCUACACAGACAUCAAUUGCCAAUUGCAACUGACUCAAGCCAAAAAUAAUUACGCUUUCUGCAGAGUUGCAGGCAGAGCAAAGAUUGCCGAAACAUUCCCUCCCUAGACCACGCUUCCAGCCUCAGCAAAACUCUGUUCUGUUCCCCACCCUUCUCUGGCCGAUUCCAAUUGCAUGGGUAACGCGCAUCUUCCCAUUACGUUGUUUUUGUCAGAAACAAAGGUGUGAACAGCAGUAAGAACUGGUUUGGCACAAGACUGAAAAGUUUUGUGGCCUUUCUUUCUGAACCCUGGCCUUUGCACCUUUGUUUUUCUCAGUUUUGAUCACACUAGAAUUGCUCAUUAUAGGUUUUCAUGUGGUCAAAGCAGGAAGGAGUUGAAAGCCAAUGGCCCUGGACGCUCGGUGCCACUCGUCCGUAGUAUUUGAAGGAAGUGUUUAUCCCUCUUCUGCUUCGUAUCCUGAUCCCAUUUAGUGUCUCGACUCUGUCUCGUCUUCAGUAAAUACCGUUUGCUAAUUUGGCAGAAGGUGCAGGCCUAACAGAAACGGAUCACCUCAAAACUGUUUGAGGAAGGCCGUGUGCAUAUGGUUGUGGACAAUGUCUGUCUGUCUGUCUCUUUCUCUCUCGACAGUUUCCUCCAUUCCAGAAAGCUGUCUGCAGUAAUGCCAUAUAUGAUGCUGCAUCCACUUUUCAUGUCCUAACACAACUGCCAUGUGUUUUGCCUUUUGCAUUAGCAGAGCAUUUUGGGUUUUCCUCCCUCUUCAGUCGGUGAUGAUUUCUGGUAGCUUAACAAUGACGAUGUUGUUGGAAAUGUGAUUCUAGCUUUAAAGCUCCCUUUCCUUGUAAGUGGUUGUGUUUGCCUUCUCGAUGAAGCGUUCCUGGAUGACACGUAGAAGACAGUUUCCGCCGUGGAUGUGAGUGUGCGUGUGAGUACCUUUUAUUAGCCUUCCUGAUGGAUGGGAACUUCUUAGUGACCGUCUCGGUGUUGCAGAAUGUUUCCCCAGAGAUUGCAUAUUCAGAGCUGCAGCGAUUCUGAAAUUGCUUAGAUAUGUUUAGCACAUAUCCACUUGGCAUAUAAAAAGGGACGAAUAUAACGGACUGGGUUAGUUCAAAAAGCAGCAGCUCUUAAUUGAAAUUCCGUGGUUCAAAGGAAGUUCCUCUGUUUCCCACAUUGGCUUUCUCAAUGUAAAGACGAAAGAAAAUCUUGAUGCAAAAAAUUUGCCAUUGUAAAUUUUCUGAACGUCUCUUCUCUCGGCCUCCUUAGUUUAGUUUAAUGAUACUGAGCAUGCUCACAGCAAUUAUUUCAUUGGUUUAUGCCAAUCCCAUGAGUUCUUAGGCUCUGAUCAGAUUAAAUGUUGAGUUCUGUACCUGUUGCACUGGGACAGAAAAGCACUGUCUGCCAGCUUUGAAAAUAUGCAUUUUUUUUAAUUAAAAAAGCAGCAUUAUAGCAAAAGAAGCCAAGCUACAAAGGGGUUCAAGAUUGGAUAGUUCAGCCAGUUUUUAAGUGAAUUCUGAAUGUGGCUAAAGAGUUAAAGCCCUGUGUGUCUGUGUUGUGUAUGCCAGGUGGUGUAGUAGUAGGCAACUGACUUAGCUGUAAGUGUGUUUUAAAAGUGUAAAAAAAUAAACAGAAAAACUCACUUGCACGGGUUGAAAAGUACAGAAAUGACACUUGUGAACGUAACACUGUAGUUUAUAGAUCUUAAGCUGCUAAUUGUUGAGAGAGAUUUACAUUUGUCUUGUCUGAUUGUCACAGAUUGAUCUGUGACACUUUUACUGUAUAUAAAAAAACUUUAAAUAAAGAC